AAUCUCAUCCGGUUUUUGUGGUACUGUUAUAGAAGAUCUUGCAUUAUAGUCAAGUUGAAUAAUAGUUUCUUACCAGAUUCAUCAUAUACUCUGAAAAAGCCGUUUAUGUUUCGCUCAGUCAACAUUUUCAUACUGUAAAACUUCGGUAUUGCAAAAGGAACCGCCGCAAUCCAGUUACUACUGCUUUUGAAUGUUAUUUGAGUGAAAACUUCCAUUUUAGAUAAGGCUUCGAAGCUGAAACUUUGUAAACAGGUUCCUCCAGUCAAACGAGCUUUCUUCAAUCUCUCCUCUGGCUUACAGAAAUUCAGAGACAUUGAGCUAAAAUCCAGAAUUUUUGUGAGAGAACUUUAGCGAAAGCAACUUUUCAUUUAUAUAUUCGUCUUUGUCCGGCAUAUUUGAACCUUUGGUCGAAGUACAUAGAAGUCACCAAAAUACGAUGUUUGUAUCUAUAGUUGAGCAUCCAGUACAGAAAAGGAAAAAGCAAAAACAAAGGUCCAUUGUGGAUCAUGCGACUCGCGAAAGACAGUUAAAACGAAACUUGGUAGAACUCGAUAAAGAUAACUAUUCAGACAUUAGAUUUGAAGUCCCGAGAGAACUAUUGCAGCGCAGAUUUAUGCCCAUUAGCAUUCGUCGCAUUCUUUCUUCCAGGAAAACGUUUGCCAAUUAUCUGGACGAAACUCCAAAUUCUAGAUACCCGACAUGUGUAGCCCAGCCAUCUUCUAAACCUGCUCGCAGGUUCUGCAAUGUGUGUGGAUAUUGGGGACUAUAUGCUUGUCAGAAUUGCGGUACGUGGUACUGUUCGAAAAACUGUGAAACAAUCCAUAGUGAAACUCGAUGUAUGAAGGUUUACGCCUGAGCUAUUUGUCGUAGCGACAGUUCAAGAGACCAUUGUCUCGAUAAUGAGUUCAGGAGAAAAUUACUCGAAAGGAAGCCUUUUUUCCUUACUAUUGUACACUACUGAUAUUAUAUUGCCGAUUUUAUUCUAUUAGGCAUACUGCUAAUGGAAAAAAAAAACAUGAGUUGACUUGAUGAUUUCUGAUGAUUUGGUAAUGUGUUUUUCACAGAAGAAAACGAAAUAAUAUAACGCUAAAUAAGAUUUACUUUUGCAAAGCA